ACUUGGAGUUUAAAUCGGGUUUACAUCAAAACUUUCGAUAACUCAAUAUCACAGCGAUCAUUUACGCAACCUAUUGCAAUUAGAUAGGAGACAAUAGUUAUCUGAUAACUUAUACAAUCUCAAUCAUAUGGUAUCCACACGAUAAAUAGGACAUCAUUACUAGGGCAUCAUUACUAUUGCACUGCCCAUCAUUUUCGAUGAUGAGUAACCUUGCCGGAAUUCUGUGCGCCCUGUUGGGGGUGGGGAUGGUGCCACCUGGGCUGGCCACCCCAUUGGAUGAUUACGUGAACAAGCCAGACCCCACGUACAAGUACGAUAUUUUGGAAACGUUCGGGGGCCCCGGUUACACGCUCUACAACAUCAACAUGACGUCACAGACUUGGAAACCAGACAUACAAAGCCAGCCUGUGUGGUGGCACUACCUGAGCGUGACAGUCCCCGACAAGCUGGACCUCGGCAACGCUGGUUUUCUAUUCAUCGACGGGGGAUCUAACAACAACGAACCUCCGAAGCCCACAGACACGUUUGUAGAGUUAACGACGGUGGUGGCCGUCUCCACCAACUCUGUAGGCGCCAACCUCAAGAUGGUCCCCAACCAGCCAAUCGUUUUCAAGGCGGACCCUGAGCAAAAGAAGCGGACAGAGGAUGCCAUCAUCGCGUGGACGUGGAAGACGUUUGUGGACCAGCAGGGCGCCGACCCGGAAAUACUGCUGCGCAUGCCCAUGACCAAGGCUGGUGUACGUGCCUUGGACACGAUGAAUGAUUUGACGAUGAAGAAGCACGGACAGCCGACCAACAGGUUCCUCGUCGCCGGCGCAUCCAAGCGGGGCUGGACCACGUGGACUGUCGGAGCGGUAGACAAGCGCGUGGUUGCCAUAGCACCCAUCGUUAUGGACCUUCUACACAUGCAGACAAACCUGCACCAUUACUUUCGGUCGCUGGGCGGAUGGACGUUCGCGUUUGGCGACUACUACGACCUGAACUUUACUGCCGAGCUGGACAACCCCUACAUCAAGGCUAUGGCUGCCAUCAUAGACCCUAUCUCGUACAACGAGCGUUAUAUGAACAAGCCCAAAUAUAUCAUCAGUACUGGAGGGGACGAGUUCUUCAUGAUCGAUGACUCCAGGUUCUACUUUGACGAUCUAAUGGGACCAAAAUACCUCAGGAUGGUUCCUAACGCGGAGCACAGCUUAGCGGGCCAUGAGAUUGGAUUACUGUUCGGCAUUCGGGCAUUCUACCUCUCAGUCAUGAAUGAUAAGAAACUACCGCAGUUGAAUUGGAAACUUAACACGACGUCGACGGGCGGACAGAUUAGCCUGACGACCGACACGACGCCUACUACAGUCCACUGCUUCUACGCCACCACCCUCGAUGGAAAAAGAAAAGACUUCCGAUUACUUCGCGGGACCCCCAAUGACCCCAGAAAGCCACAGGUCCACCCGGUUAUCUGGCGUAAGCAGUAUGUCACUCCCACGAGUGAUCUGUCUUGGGAAGUGGAAUUCAAAAAUCCGGAUGUUGGUUGGACCGCGUUCUUCAUUCAAGUGACGUUCCCGGGUCUGGACGACUCCGUGCUUGAGUUCACCACCCAGACACUCGUCAUCCCUGACACGUACCCGUUUCCGGCAUGCAGCGGCGACGGUUGCCGGGGGACGCUCGUGUGAACAACCCUGACACCACAUACCGUGCAGCACCACUGUAUAUUGGGCAUCUACCAAAAGUACCUCACUGUGAUAAUUAGAUUGACGCUACCAGUGUUCAUCCAUGAUUCAAAGUGCAAAAGAAGUGUAUCUGUUGUAUUUGCAUAUAUUAUAUACUAUACACAUUGUUGUUUUAUUAUGCCCUCGAAGGGUUGCUCCCUAAGAUGGCAAAGAGUAUUCGAACUGUACGUCCGGUCGGUCGUUUUAUCACUUCGUAGAUUCAUCCGCCCGUUAUAUCCUUGUAUUGGCAUUAACUUUGAUCAUUAUUAUUUCAUAUUGUAUUCUGUAAUUAUUGAUGAUUCACAGAAUUGUAGAACUCUCACAUUAAAUUUGCUCUCUUAUCUCAAAGGUCACGCACGCAUUUUGGAGGUUAACGUUAUAGUUGAUAGAGUUCGUGUCUCAGCCAUUACUUUGUUUACAAUAUGGAAAUUCAAUCAAACGUCACAAAAAUGUAGAGCACAGCGUAACGGAUUUCAUACAUAAGAUUAUUGCUGUCACCUCAAACGUUAUGGCCACACUUGUAUGACAAUGUUAUACAAUAUACGAUACCAUAGCAAUACUGUUUGUCUCAGCCAUUACUGUUCAAAUAUUAUUGUGUGUCCCGCAUAGUGCACACUACUUUUUAUCUCAACUGAUAUUUGAAAUUUAAACAAUCUACACACAGUUCUACAGCAUCUGAAUGUGUUUAUUAAGGUAAGCGGGAAUCAAUCCAUUUAUUCAACAUAUACGAAUUUUAUAUACUAAUUGAUAUCCAUCCAUUAAUUAAAGCCCAGUUGGGGGCAUUUGUCACGUUUCUGUGACAGCUCUUGUUUCAAUCACAUUUUUAUUACAAUAUACAUUAUAUAUAAACAAAUUAUACGUUUAUAUUGUUAAAAAUGAAAUUAGAACAAAUAAUUGUUAUUGGGUUUUAUUGUGUUCAAUUUUUACUUUACACUGAACAACUUUUUAAUUGGUCAUCUUUCAAAUUGCAAUAUAUAUAUGUGAAGUCGCAAGUGUGUAAGAAAUAACAUUGAAGGUAAAAAGAAUAAUAUGCCUUACAGUUUUUCAUCUUCAUCAAAAUCUACCGAGAUAUAACCCCUUCCAUAUACUAAAUGAGAUUUUUUGUUAAUGAAAUACUUGCUCUGGAAUGAGAAAUAUUUGCUAAAUUCAUAUUUAAGAAACACAAAAUUUGAAACCAUUUCGUUUCGCCAAAAACAUUGCAGAAGUCUGAACAGAACAGAACAAAAGUUACCAAUACUCCUCUAAUUUUACCAAUACCAUGGUAUUAAAAAAUGCACAGGCUUUAUUAAUGCAUACAGAACUGUUAUAACUUGUAUUAGUUUCCUUGAUAUGUUUAUUACAAAAAAAUCACAGGUGACCAAUUAGAAACUUUGUCAAUGUAUGUGCAAUACAGUAACAGUCAUGGCAUUAUGGAAACAUUGUAUAUAUGAGCGUAUAUGUGUAUCACAAAUAAAUAAAUACAUGAAAAGUG